AACAAAAUAGAAAAUUCUUUAAUAGGUUAUGUUACUGAAUUAUAGGUUAGAAAAUUUGUAAUAGAUUUACAAAUAGUUAUAAAAUUUAUUUAUUUAAAAAAAAAUUUUUUAAAUGGAUUUUCCGCAAUCCAAUAAAGGGCUAGUCUGGAACAAAUUAAAGAUAAAUGAUGAAGUAUAUAUGAUCUCUGCUACUCAGAAGGAUGAUACAAUUGAAAUUUUGUUGACUAAUUUUAUUCAAAUCUGGAUAGAGAAAUUCACAGAUAAAAUUAGUUUAGACAGAUGCCGGGAAUUAAAUCCACUUCUGAAUGUUGAAGCUCUUAAUUGUAAAGAAAUUAUAUUAAACAUUUUGAGUGAUAUACCAAAACAUAUUGUUGAGGCAUCUCCUGAACAAAUUAAAUUGCGUGUUAAACUGGAAGGGGGUUUCAUGAAAUUUGCUCUAAAUUUAAUAAAAGGAACACCUGAAGAUUUUUGGAAAUUUGUAACUAAACCAUUAUGUAUAUCAUCAAUGGAAAUUAUUCGUCAGCACAAAUUUCUUCUAGACUUAGUAAAGAAGAAGGAUGAAGAAAUUGCUGAAUACAAAGCUGAAGGAGCUGAAUUGAUAAGAAAGAAUAUUGAAACAAAACCUUUUAUGGAAGAGCAACUCAGAACAGUUAUUUCCAGUGCAAAUACUGAUGAUUACACAAAUAUGUUUCAAACAAUAACAAAUUUUUAUAAUGCACAUUUACAGAAACAUAAUGAAUCUUCUGUAAAAAGUAGUGAUGAUAAAGUAAAAGAGGAACAGAACAUUUCUAGUCAAGAUGGUGCUGAACCAUCUGAAGGUGUUAUAAGUGAAGGUUCUACACCUAUAAAGACAAAAACUUCACCUUCCAAAAGUAAGAAGCAGAAAAAAAAUACAGAUAAUGAUGAAGAAAUCAUUAAUAAGACAAGAAAUGCAAAUAUGGCAUACAGGCCUACUAAAAAGUUAAAAAAAGGUGUGCCUAGUUCUAUAUUGUAAGAUAAUAUGUAGGUACAAAAAUUAAGUUAAAAUGUAACUUAAAUCUAAUAUUCAAAAGGAAGUACUUUAAACAAAAGUAUAGUUACUUAUAGGUAUGCAGAUCGUUCAUCGUACUAAAGCGGCUAAUUUUAAUUGAUUAUAGGUAUAAUAAAAUUUAUUUUCAUGGCACCAUUUAGAGAAUCCCAGAAUUAUACACUCGGUGGCACUAUACUAAUUAAAUAGAAUUUAAUUAAUUUUUAUAAAUUGACGAUAUAUUUAGUAUAAUUAAAAAAAAUCAUGUGAAUUUAUUGAGCUUUUCUUUCGAAUAUCAUUCGAAUUGUAUUAUAUUGCAAUACUAUAAUUGUACAUAAGAAAAUUAUUUUAAAUAUGUAAA